AAUUAAAUUCAACGAAAAGUAUCUUAAAUAAAAUAAAGUAAAAUGAUAUUUAUUAGAAAGUUAUAUAUACAUAUUUUUUUUUAAACUUAUCCAAAAAUGAUUGAGACAUGUUAAUUUAAUGAAAUAUCUACAGAAAGAUGACUUCAACGCACAAAUCAGAUAAUGUCAGUUCUCCUUCAACACCAGGGUCCUCAGGAAUUACUUCAGCUCACAAAAAUAGCUUAAAAAGCUCUAAAUUAGCUAGACGAGCAAGAUCCUUUAAAGAGAUGAAGGAUGGCCUUUUUGAAAAAAUUUCGCAAAUUCGGACUCCUACCAAUACUCUUGGAAGAUCACAUUCACCUUCUCAUAAGCGUAAUAGAGAAAAUAAGACUACUGAGGAAUCAAAACCGACUGAUGCUCUUGAUAGGCAUGUUCGUGAUAUUAAAAAUGCUUUGAAGCAUUUUAAAGAUGUUAUCUUAAAAAAGAAAUACGAGGUUUUGCCAGGCAAUGGUACAAUAAUAAUAGAGCUAGCUAAUAAUAUGUGCUUAGCUUUGCAGUCACAAAUUGAAAGUCAAACAUUGCAAUCAGCAUUAAACCAAGUAUAUUUAUCUUUAGCCAAAUUAUUAAAAUUAUGUGAUGAGAUUUUAGUAUGUGAAGAUGAAAAUGAUUGUGCUUCAUUAAAUGAUGAAAACGUAAAAGAAAUUGUUACAUUAUUUGAGAAUGCGGUGCAGAAUCUUUUCAAUGUUGCAAUAGAAAAAAUUCAAGACAAAGAAAACACUAACUCUACAUCAAAUACAUUAUGUAGACCGAGCAUUGAUAUUGCUGGUCAAAGGACAUCAUUGCCCGAUAUUCCUCUUACUCCAAAUGAACGAGACAUUUUACAAAAGUCUUGUUCGAAUCCUAUGAGAACAUCACAUAGCACCGAAAGCAUUUUAAGGGAUUCUAGUCCUCCACCAAAACCUCCUUUACCUGUAAGUCGGAAAACAAACCCUCCUCCGUUACCACCAAAAAGGCGAAUUAAUCAACGGAUGCAAAAUAUUCCAGUUGAGAAUGAUAACAAUACUGAUUCUGCAAUCCAUUUAGGAAUUGGUAUAGAUCAAUUGUCAUUAAGGUCUAAAUCGCCAGAUGAUAAUUCUAGUCUACUAAGUGCUAGUGCCGGUUCACUAGAUUCUGCACUUAAUCAUUCACGUGAAGAAGAUGAAUUAAAAGCAAUUGUGAUGGAAACAUCAUUUGAAGAUCAACAUUCAUUAGACAACGACUUCAACUUAGCAGCUUUUACAAGAAAUUCUAACAUAGUCAAUAAGAACGUGGAAAAAAAUAUUUCAUUUUUAGAAAAUAAUGAAAUCAAAGAUAACCGAAGAUCCAACGAAUCGGGUUUUAUGUCAGUACAAUCUUUACGAACAAGUACACAAAGUGGUGGUUCUUCAACGAAACGUUCAUCUGGUCAGAGUAAUCAGUCGCAAAAAUCAAACUCAUUAACACCGAAUAGCAUAGAUCCUUUAAGUAUAUCAGCAACAGCCAAUAAUAAUGAUACCAUAAAAUUUGAAACAUAUCAUCAAAAGGAAGAACAUCAAAAACAUGCAGCAAUAUUUAAUAGCAACAGUUGCGAUCAAAAUGUUUCACACAAACAUUUAUUACAACGACAAGAGUUAACUACCUGUAAUAAUACACUGACCUCAAGUACGAAGCAAUCAUUGACGUCAACAAUGAAAUCACAGCAAACUAUUUCAUCCUCGUCAUCAUCGACAACGUUUUCAACACUGAAUUUUUCACAAGAAGAAAUAUUAAGCAAUAAUUUAAAUGACAUUGAUACUUUAAUUGACUUUCAAACACAGAAAUGUAACCUACCAGGUAAAACUACUAACAUUUGUUUAAAUACAUUAACACGAAAUGGCAAACCACAAGGCAAUGAAAACGUUGAGAAGAAAAUUAACCCAACGAAAAAUACAUCGACAGUAAUGUCAAAUACUCAAACAUGUUUGGGUAAUGAUAUUAAUAAAUUAGGGGAAAUGGAUGAAGUCGAUAAUUUACGUUCAAUAUCACCUUUGUCACCGCCAGCAUUACCAGCAAAAACCAGAAAUAAACGGGAUAAUACAUUUUUUCAGUUUGAAAAGAGGGAUGACGAUUUAGGGCUUGCUCAAACGGAUUUCAUAGGUUUGCGUAGUACAUCAACUUCAAAUUUUAUUGAGACAAGACAUCAAAGUUUAAUUGAUCACAGAUGGGGAGAUAUACCUCCACCUUUACCAGCAAAGAAAAAACACAUGUUUCAAAGUGUGGCUUACUCGGUUAUUGCAUAUAUGGAAAUUUGUUCAGCAUCAUCACGUUCAUCAACGGAUGCAUUACGUCAUUCAGUUCAUACUUAUAAUAUAAGUUCAAAUUCUUCAGAUUCAUUUUCACCAAAUCGUAGUAUAAUUCACAGUCAAACAAUGAAUUUGCAGAAUGUUAGACAUCAGUUAUCACAAAAUUCAGUAUCAUCAUUCGACAAUGAUGAGAAACCACCGGCAUUACCACCAAAAAGGCAACCAAAAUCUAAUAAUUGUAGAACACCAACUAUUAUAACAACACCACCUGAGAGUCCGAAACCAGGCUUUUUUAAUGACAAUAUCGCAAGCGGUAACGUUAUUAAUAGUUGUACCAUAGGCAAUGAUAUUGCAAGAAAUAAAAAAGCGACCAAUCAAAUAGUCGAAAUGUCGACUGUUACCGAAGAAACUAGUGAAAAUUUAAUAGAUGAUCAAAAACAGAAAAAUAAUCAGAAUCAAACAAAUUUAGGCCUUACUGAAUGUAAUGAUGACGAUGAUGACGAAGUUGUUUUACGGAACAACGAAAAUUUAACCCCAGAAAAAUUGGUACCAUCGCCUAAAAUUAAAGUAGACCCAGGCGUGAAUCUAAUGGAAGAAAUUGAUGUCUCAGAUUAUUUAAUUUUUAAAAAGGAAGGUGAAGAUGGUCCAGAUGUUAAAGGAGGCUAUUUAGAUGCCUUAAUUGUAUAUGCAACUAAAUUACAUAAAAACAACGAAAACGAUGAAGAAUGUGAUGAAUUCGGCGAAGCAUUUAUAACAACAUUUCGAACUUUUAUUCGACCAGUCGAAUUAAUACGAAAGCUGAUAAAUCGUUAUAAUGUUUUCAUAUGUGAAGCACAAAAGAAAAAGGUAGCACGGGAAACAUAUUCUUUAUUGUACCGUGUAGUUAAUGAUUUAACGGCGUCUGAUAUUGAUCCGCAUUUAUAUUCUAUAUUAAUGGAGUUUGUAUAUUGCUUAGUUAGCACUGGAGAAUUGCCCGAUGCAAAAGUAAUAAGAAACAAAAUUGUUGACAAAAUAAAAUUGUAUAAGGAGCUUAAGUAUGGUAGCAGUUUAUAUGAGCCACAAAGAAAUAUUGUAACGAAUCAACCAACUUUGUUAGAUUUGAAAUCAAAUGAAAUUGCGGAGCAAAUGACACUGCUAGAUGCUGAGCUGUUCCAAAAGAUUGAAAUACCCGAGGUAUUAUUAUUUGCCAAAGAUCAAUGCGAUGAAAAGACGCCAAAUUUAAAUAAAUUUACAGAACACUUUAAUAAAAUGUCAUAUUGGGCUAGGUCACAAAUAUUAAAGCAAGAUGACGCAAAAGAUCGCGAAAAAUAUGUUAUAAAAUUUAUUAAAAUUAUGAAGCAUUUACGUAAAAUAAAUAACUAUAAUUCAUAUUUAGCGUUAUUAUCAGCAUUAGAUUCUGGGCCUAUUCGAAGACUGGAAUGGCAUAAGACAAUUACUGAAGGACUGAAAGAAUAUUGUGCACUUAUAGACUCUAGUUCGAGUUUUAGAAUUUAUAGACAGGCAUUGGGAGAUACAACACCACCUUGCAUUCCUUACAUUGGAUUAGUAUUACAAGAUUUAACAUUUGUUCACGUUGGUAACCCAGACUAUUUAAAAAACGGAGUUAUAAAUUUUUCUAAAAGAUGGCAACAAUAUUUCAUUAUUGUUAAUAUGAAAAGAUUUAAAUCAUGCUCAUAUUUAUAUAAAAGGAACGAAAAAAUAAUACAAUUUUUUGAAAAUUUUGAAAAUUUCCUCGGUGAAGAACAAAUGUGGCAGAUAUCAGAGAAUAUUAAACCUCGGGGCAGAAGACCAAAUAAUAAUUAAAAUAAUAUAUUUCCUUUUAUUGUUUGAUUACUUUGAAAAGUUUAAUAAAAUAUAUAACACAAUGAACGAAUCCCCAUUGAAUGGUGCAAUGAUAUUAUACAGAUAAUUUUGAAUUUAUAAAAUUACAAAGAAAAUUUUAAAAGGUGCUGCUGUAUUAAUUUAUAAGUUUUAAAUUUAUUUUUAAACGUAAUAUUUUAAAAAAAAAAUUGUAUUCAUUGUAUAUAUUAUUUUAUGUUUUGGGGAUUUUUAUAAUUUUAUUUAAAUUAAACUAUUUAAAUAAUAUAAACGUAUAAAAAAUAAUUUAUUGAGUAAAAUUCCAUAAAUAUAUAUAAAUUAAGUGUAGUAAUUAAUUUAAAAAUAAAAAAAUGUAAUGGUAUAAAAUGCCAAAUGAAUAAAGAUUAACAUCAAAAAGAUAAACAUCAAAUAUAGCUCAAAACUUAGCACAACAUUUUUAAUAACAUAGAUAUCGUGAAAAAUAAGAUGAUUGUGUUGUGCCAAUUUGAAUUCGGCUUAAAGAGUAAUCAAAAAUUUACAAAAUUCUAAAAUUUACGAAACAUUGUUUGGAAUCUUUUUCGCCAUUGAAUUUUUUGUUUGUUAUCACAAAACUAAGAAUAGAGUGUAAUUUACUUUUUUCCGAAAAGUAAAUUAAUAGUGCACCCGAAAUACUAAACGAUGUACAUAUUGAUCAGUGAUUAUGAUGAAAUAUGAGGAUAUAUGUAUCGGGAAUUGUUUUAAACAAUUUCAGUUUUCUCACUGCGGACUUUUUCUUAAGUGAAGUUUGUUCGUUUGUUAAUUUAACUAAGAACCUUUGUGUGAGCUAUUUACGAAGUGAAUAUUGGCUUACAUAAUAUACUGCCCGUUAUCAUAGGAUUAAUGCUAAAGUCUUGUUUUACUUUUUCAGUUAUUUUUUCCAUUUAUCAGAUUUAAAGUGAAAAGUAAAUAUUUCUUUUAAAGAAUCUACUAAAUUUGUAAUUGAAUUCUGUAUUUUUUUUGUAAAAAGCCGCUUUUAACUUAAAACUAAAUUGUUAAAAAUUUGUGAUGCUCUCUUAUUUUUUGUUCACACGAGAAUUAAAGAAAGCAGAUACAGAAUGAGAUCUUUAAUUUUUGUAUUAAAUGCGCAAUGCUUAUUUUAGUACAUAUUGUGUUUUUUUAUUGGUUUAUGACAUGAAAUUUGCUUUUAUUAAAGAAUUUAUAAGUUGCACAAUUAAUCGAAUCAAGAUACACAAAAAGUUAAUUUCCCGAUCCGUAAAAUACAUUGUAUGUAAUUAUGUAUGUAUAUAAUUUAAUGUUUUACAUAUUUUGUUUGAAAAACAUAUUUAUCAGGUAUAUCAAAUAUAUGCAAUAUAUUAUAACUAAUAAUGAUAUCAUAUUAUGUUGUGUAAAAAAAAAGUUUUUACAAAUAAAUUUUGCAGUAGCAACUAAAAUGAGAUGAAAGAAUUUAAUAUAAUUUUAAAAAAAGGAGAUAACGUUGUGAAAAACGCAAAAAUAAAGUGAAAUUCAAAUAAAACUUAUGUAUUUUAUGAAUAAUGUAUUGAAAUAAUACAAAGGAAAAGUUUACAAUAUUAAUAUAUUCGCAAAUAAUAUUAGCAAUAUAAUGUAUACAUAUUAAUAUCUUUAUUUUAGUAUAUGUCGCUUUUAGCUUUUAGAAUAGG